AUGCACCAAAGGAAUAUCACGUUAGCCGCGCACGCAGCAACUACAAAGACAUCAAACAACAAAAUCCAAACUGCCUCGGCACAACCCCUUUCCUAUCAGCAAAAGAAGAAAUUAAAAUUGGCAGUUUUCAGGAGUAAAUUUCGUCAUCCCUUAGGUUAUGAGAGCAAGACAGCAAGUGUAAGAGAGGAGCCUUACACCGAAUCCCAUCCCCGACCUCUCAAUUCUUCAUCAAAAACUAGAGCUAGCAUUCGAUCAUCAUGCCAGAAUCAUUCGUCUUUGCCAAGACCCUCCUCACUACCACCAAUCGUAAAACACAAGCUUUCCAGUCCGACUCAUCAACGGCCUCCAACAUCAGAAAAACGAAGAGCUGUCAGCGCCAAACAACAACGGAAAGAAUGGGACUCGAGAUUUGCCCUCUCUGAGUCUCAAGGUACUUCAACUCAAACUUGUUCAGUACAAUCACUCUCCAGGAGAGAAAAGCGAGAUAUUGAUCGGUUAUUCGCUCAACAACAAAUGGCAUAUUUGAAAGCCUCAAACAUUAUUGCUUCCCUUGAAAAUCCAGAGUUGAAACUCGAACCAAAACACUCACCACUGGAGUAUAACAAGUUGCUUGAUAAUUCUAUCGAUGAUUGCUUUGACGAGGAAAUCAUCGAUUGGUAUGACUUUGAUAUUGAAAGGUUAACAUCCCAAUUUAUGCACAUUCCAGAUUUCCCAACUGCAAAAUGGUACCUUCGAAAGCUGUGGGAUGAAUUAGCAAUACCUCUUAAAUACCAGGGCGAAUUUGAAAUCGAUCAUUUCCAAAGUGAUAGUAUUACCAAUAGAACCUUUUUGUUCUCAGAAAUUACGACAAUAGAAUCAUUUAGAGACCGAUUGCGAGUGGCUUUAAUUUGGCUCCAUGGAAAGAGUCAUUACGAAAUUGAAGAAAAUGCAAACACUUGGACCACAAUUGUUGAAACAUUUAGAGAAGAUUACCAAUAUCUUUACAAAACGUCAUGCUUUUUAUUUAACAACAGAGAUUUGUUUUUACUUGUUCAAAAUUCCAUGCAAAACACUAGUACUGACAUGCCAAUGACUAACAAUGUACAUACUUGUCCUUCUAUCCAUGAUGGAAAACCACCAUUGACUACCGAUCUUAAACCUCUAGCACUUCAUUCGAACCCAUCAACGAAUGCCAACGACCGACGACAAAGUGUAUGA